GUGACUCGUGAGUCAAUAGGAGUGCGUGGGCCUGUCCACUACCCGCUCCUUUUCGUUAUUGCUUACUCCACGUUAUAUAAAUUAACCCUAAUUAUUUCAAAAUUUCCCAAAUUCGUCAACUUUUUCUUCGCGCUCGAAAAGUUUUUGCAGUAUUGCUUUCCAAGAGAGGCAAAAUAACUGAGAAAUGGUGUCUGAUUACGGAGGGCCUUAUCGCCUCCAUUCGACUCACAUUCUGCACUCCGCCAGAUUAUCACAACCAGAGUGUUUUGAUGGAUUUAUAGGGCAAGAAGUAGGAAGGGUGCAGCAUGAGCAUUUACAGCGCCAUCAAUAUGGGCUAAUACCUCACCCUUACCCUCAGCCUCAAUUUUGUCUCCACCCCCAUCUGCAGCCUUUGUCUUCAGCUCAGUCUUAUGACGAGGUGAUACAUAGAGAAAUUGAGAAGGAGUGGAUCAGACGGGAGAUAAUCAUGUCCGAGAUCCUUAGAAGGCGUGCCUUGGAGGCUGAGGUGAGGAGGGAUAUGAUGAGGGAGACGGAAAUGACUCUAAAGAGAGGAGGCAUUGGAUUUCCAUUUGGACCACCGUCAACAAUAGGGUUGGACUUGUCCAUGAGGCUUCCACUGGCAGAGACGAGGGCUGAGGAGAGGUUUUUCGACAAAAGAAGUAUGUCAGUCACGCAGAGGCAUGUAUGGAACGAUACACGCGAGGGUGGGCGAUCUGAACCCUUGCCGUUUCAGAGAGCAUCAAUUGAUGUGAGAACGCCAAGAGACUCAACCACGAGAGACUCAGAGGUCAAAUUUGUCUCAGGAGGCAGCAACGAGAAAAAACUUAUAAUUUUACAGGCUAAACCAGUCGAAAAUAUAACUGGUGUUAAGAGGCCUAGCUCUGGAUCGGGUGCCAGUGAAACCCAACCAGAUGGAAACUUGAAGAAGAAGAAGAAAAAAGUGAAAGAUGAGUGGAGUUGUGCCCUCUGCCAAGUUAUUGCCACCAGCGAGCGUGAUCUGAAUGAGCACCUGAAGGGAAAGAAGCAUAUGAUGAAUUCUAGGAUAGGAAGUUGGACAAAAAAAGUUGAUAAGCAUAUCCAGGGUUCAGGAACUUCUUCCAAUCCAGUCACAGAAGUGAAACUUACAUCCGAACCUUUGCCAGUCGGUAAGUGGGGGGAUGUCAGUGCAGCAACAGAUGGUCCCCGACCUUUGCACGGAAACCCUUUCCCGAGCUCAGACAACUUAAAGAAGGAUGAAUCAGUAGUCACUCCACAAGUGCAAAAGAAGGAUGAACCUAAGAAGGAAGCACAUAGAUUUUGGUGUGAGAUAUGCCAGGUUGGUGUGGCAACUCAGAAGGUCAUGAAUAUGCACCAACGGGGGAAAAAACAUAAACGUCAGCUUCAAAAUCAGGCAGAGAAAACAGUGGCAGAAGAUGCUGGGGGGGCUGUGAAGAAGUCUGAGGCGAAAACCGUGGAAGAAGACUCAGCGGCUGCGAGGAAAACUGUGGCAGAAAACCAGUUGACAAUGGUAGAUGUAACAGAUGAGAAGCAGCUGCUUUCUUGAGUAAAAAAUUCUGCCAGUCCAUUUAAGUCAAUAUUCUGUUUGUCUAAUAUUUCUUUUUCGAAGUUUCUAAUUAGAAACAUGUACGAAUUGUUAUGGCAAAUUCAUCCUGUUUUUCUUGUACAUGAAUACUCUUGACAAUAUAAGCUGUCUUCUUAUUUUCUCCAA